AUGUCAUCAUUCUUCAGCUUCUUCUAUUCCAAGCCAAAAACCGAAGAGGUUAUGGCUACGACGAGCCUAACUAGCGAAGAAUUAGAAACUACAAGUUCUCCGGUUAAAACUACUACAGAAGAUCCUCGAUCAGAACCUCCAUCACCUGUCAACCUACUUUCUCCUUCACGUAUAACACAACCGCAAUCAUCACAACUCGACUCGCAGCCUAAAUCACCGAAGGAACAAGAUCAACCUUCCAAUUCUUAUACUGACGAUGAAAUUCUAUUGUAUAUCGCCGAAAAUAACGAAUUGAACGUUUCCUGGUUAAAAGUUAAGAAGAUCAUCAAAGAGAGACUUACAAAGACGUCCCAUGACCCAGAAAUUUCAAUUGUGAUAAAUGGUGAGGAUUCGGAUAAAAAUGAGGGAGACGAAAAAGAUAUUGAAAAUUAUAUGCAUGCCAUUAUUCAAUUAUUGGACAAUUUUGAUAGACCACCAUUUACAAUUCAAAGGCUUUCUGAGCUUAUAGUAAAGCCUUUUCAACAUCAUAAAACUUUGAUCAAGUGGCUUCGAGCUGUGGAAAAGGUUUUAACGGUGCAAUCAUCUAUGGAUAUGUUCCCAUCCAUAACCAAUACAGUUACGCUUACAGAUAAGUUAGAAUUAAUGGAAGUUACCACAUCUCCAAAGUUGGUUCCUAUUAGUUUUGCUUAUAACGCAGAAGAGAUAGAGAAGGAAAAUGCAAAUUCUCCUAAAUUAGUUCCUAUUAAAUUUGCUUAUAACGCAGGAUUAGAUGUGGCCGAGAAUGAAGAAUCAGAUGAUGAGAUGAAUGAAGAUUAUUUUUAUGCUAAACGAAAAAUCGUUAUACCAAAAGAUGAUUUAGAUGAUGUAGAAACAUUUGAGAAUAAAAUUGACGAGAUGAUUGAAGGAAAAAAACAGGACUUUUACGUAGAGGAAAAUGAUGAUGUAUCCGCAGAGAAAAGUGAACAAGACGUUAAAAAGAUCCUUAAUAAAAAAAGAGAUUACGAU